AUGUCCUAUUACCUCACAAUCGAGCAGCUGCAUUGCGCUGUCGCUGCGAUCGCGAAGGCCCUCGAUCAAUUGAAUAUCGACUAUGCAGUCAUGGGCGGUGCUGCAGUGUGUAUCAUGGGCAGUGAUCCUCAAAGGACCACCGAGGAUGUUGAUUCAGUCAUCCAUGUCGACGAGCGCAAUAUCACCGCUGACAAAGCGACCGAUCUUCUCUUGAAAUCGUCGGAUGACUUCAUCGAUGUGAGUCGGUACGGUCACGUCAUACCCGCCUAUAGGCUGGUGAUUGGUGAUGUUGAACGACUUGUGCAGAUGGAAAUAUUCGAUCUCCCACCGUGGCCACGACGUCCGCAAUAUGAUUUGACCACUGCCACGAGAAGAAACAUCACAUUGCAGGGACACAAGGUGAAGUUCUUCAGCCCAGAGUGGAUUUUUCGCGAAAAGGUCUGCUCUGGACAUCAGCGAGGCGGCUCCGCAAAAGGAAUGCAAGACGUCGGGGAUGCCGUGCGGAUGCUGAGGUUGGCCGACCCAUCUGCUCCCGAGAUGGACUUCACGGGAAGAGAGGAGUUGGCGGAAGCCCUGAAGUUCUUCUUGAGCAAGAGACCGGAUGCACAGAGCUUGGUGCGGCAGAAGGUAAAAUGUGAUGCGAUCCUGAAUUGA